UGAUUAGUGUAGUGUUCAGUAUUUAGCACUUUGUGGCGGGACGGGAGCAAAUCGUCGGUAGACAGAAGCGGCGGCCGGCUACAUCGGAGAUCGGAGAUGGGUAGUUUGGGGCAGCUUCCAAUUUGGGCAUCGAAGCCUUGUAUCAUGGGUAUUGACGAAGCUGGUCGCGGUCCUGUUUUAGGGCCAAUGGUGUAUGGAUGCCUGUAUUGUGCACGCUCAUACCAGAAGACUCUUUCCACUUUACAGUUUGCAGACUCGAAGACUUUGAAAGAAGAGAAGAGGGAAGAACUAUUCGAGGAAUUAAAGACAAAUGAAUCCAUCGGAUGGGCUGUUGAUGUGAUAGAUCCUAGAGAUCUCUCAGCCAAAAUGUUAAAGAAAAAUAAAAUAAAUCUUAAUGAAAUAUCUCAUAAUUCUGCAAUCGGCCUUGUGAGGAAGACACUGGAGCUUGGUGUUCUUUUAACUGAGGUUUAUGUGGAUACUGUUGGUGAUCCUGAAAAGUAUAGAGUGAAGCUAUCUGAAAUUUUUCCAGCAAUCAAAUUCGUUGUUGCAAAAAAAGCUGACAGUGUUUACCCCGUCGUAAGUGGAGCCAGUAUUGUUGCAAAGGUUACUAGGGACCGAGCCUUGCGGGAUUGGGUGCUUGAUGAAACUGCUGAGAACAUGCAAAGGAACUUCGGAUCUGGAUAUCCUGGAGAUCCUGAGACAAAAGCUUGGCUAGAUAAUCACAAACACGCAGUUUUUGGGUUCCCAACCUUGGUCCGUUUCAGCUGGGGAACAUGUAACGCAUACUCCAAGGAUAAUGUCGAAGUAGUAUGGGAAUCUGAUGCCAAUGACGAAGAUGAACACAACGGAAGAGCUAGUAAGCGACAAGUAAAGCUAACUAGUAUUGGUUUCACAGGUGUAAAACGGAAAAGUGAAGAUAUCGAGUCAAAUGGGAAAGGCCGUUGCAAAUUCUUCCAAGCUCGUAAACUUGAGCUCCUCUCACAGUUCUGAAGUACACAAAUUCUCAUUUACUGAUAGAAUGUGAAAUGUUGCUUCAACACCAAAUUCAUCUUGCAUUAACUAGAACAGGAUGGUGCUUAGAUCAGCUAGUUACAUACCUGCUAGCUGAUCGAAAAUUGUUUUGUAACGCGAUUUAUAUGAUAACAUCUUUUAAGGAUUAUCUAUCAUGUAAUCACUGAAAUUAUGUGUAUCAAUAACCAUUAGUAUCUGAUGUAUCUUCCUACAUUACCUCUA